AUGUCCGACCUCUCCGAAAUCGAUGCGCGACCCGCAAAACGCGCGCGCCUCGACGAGCCCUCCACAACCACAGCCUGCACCGCAAUCUUUGCAGCUUCUCCCCCAGCAGACGCGCUCCCCCAGGCCCCAAUCGUCUCCGACACGCCCACCAAUUCCAACAAUAACGACCUCGAGCGCGAACUCAGAGCCGGUAUUACGGAGUAUGUCUGCCCGGAUAAUUUGGGCUUCACAGGCGUGCUCAAGCAGCGGUAUACGGAUUUCUUGGUCAACGAGAUAGGGCUUGAUGGUGCGGUUUUGCAUUUGAGGCGCGCAGGUGUAGAGGAGAAGAGAGACGCAGGAAAGGCGGAGGAGGAAGCAGUGGUCGCGAAAGAAAAUGCCAAUGGCAAUCCAAAGAGGAAGGUGGAGGCUUUAGGAGAAAGCGGACCUGUUGCGAAGGUGAAGCAUGAGGAGAGUGUUGUGGAAGAGACGACUACAAAAAGUGGUGCCGGUGAAGUGCAGGAGGACGGAUCUGCGCCGGCGAUGGAUCUUGAAAAUGGGACUGGUACCAUUGGGGAGGAGUUGAUCGAGCCGGUGAAAGAAGAAGACGUGUUUGAGGUACCCGAAGCAGAUGUCGUAGACCUCCACGCGAUAUUUGGCGAAACCACCACCAAGGAAAUCAUCACGCUUGUCCGCGCGAUACGUAGGAAGGAAAAUAGAAAAGCGAAGGACUUCAGACCCGUCAUCGCACCCCCGAUAACAGACAAGGAUGUCCGCACACGCGCACACCAGUCGUUGCGCCGAGUAUUUCCCAACCUGCUUGAGAGCUCUAUGGAGGCUGACCAGUCGCUGCGCAUAAAAGCUGUCCCACCCAAGGAACGCAAAGGAAAGAACAAGAAAGAAAGGGGAGAUCGAAGUAACCGUGAUAACGGCCCGGAUCGCCGCAAAGGACAACUUGCGUGGGAAGAGCUGGGUGGUGAAUAUCUACACUUCACGCUGUACAAGGAGAACAAGGAUACCAUGGAAGUAAUCGGCUUCCUGGGCAGCAAGCUGGGCGGGGGUCGGAACCCGUUCAGUUUCGCAGGCACUAAGGACAGGCGAGCAUGCACUGUCCAGCGUGUAUGCGUCAAGCGACAGACUGCUGAGCGCUUGAACCAUUUCAAUAAGAUACUUUUCAGCGCGGCCAUCGGAGACUAUUCGUAUGAGAAGAGGGAUCUUGGCUUGGGCGACCUCAAAGGCAAUGAGUUCGUUAUCACGCUGCGAGACUGCCGUUUUCAAGGUGACGAGGGGCUGGACGUGGAACAACGCGUCACGCUCGCCAACGACAUUGUUUCGAAAGCGAUAACAGAUUUCUCCAAAGAAGGCUUCAUUAACUACUACGGUCUGCAGCGCUUCGGUUCUUUCGCGGCUAGCACUGACACCGUGGGGCUGAAAAUGCUUCAGAACAACCUAAAAGGCGCGGUGGAAGACUUGCUAGCCUACAGCGAGACCGCGCUCGCAGCAGCGGAAGGCAGGCUCGAAGAUUCUUCCAUCUUGAUAUCACAAGACGACAGGAAUCGCGCGAAAGCUCUGCACAUCUGGAAAACCACUGGCAGAGGGGGUGCUGCUCUCGACAUCCUACCUAACAAGUUCAAGGCGGAGCGCAGCAUCGUCCAGCACCUCAGCUCCAGGAACAGCAAGAGCGGGAGAUACGACCGGACGAGCGACUGGCAGGGCGCCCUGAUGCUCAUCCCACGCCAGCUGCGUCUAAUGUACGUGCACGCCUACCAGAGUCUCGUGUGGAACACAGUAGCCGGCAAGCGCUGGAGCACAUACGGGUCGAAGGUCGUAGAAGGCGACCUUGUCCUCGUCCACGAGCACAAAGACAAGGAAGUCAACGCGGAAUCCACCACCAAAGACUCCAUCGACCAAGACGGCGAAGUCGUCAUCGAUCCCGCCGGCGCAGACAGCGCGCUCGCAGCAGAUGACGAGUUCGAGCGGGCGCGAGCACUGACAGCAGAAGAGGCGGCGAGCGGGCAGUACACCAUCUUCGAUGUUGUGCUGCCGCAGCCGGGUUUUGACGUCGAGUACCCGAAGAACGAAAUCGAGAAAUUCUACGAGGAGUUCAUGGGGAGCAAGAGAGGCGGUGGUCUGGAUCCGCACAACAUGCGCAGGCCAUGGAGGGAAGUCAGUCUGAGCGGGGGUUAUAGGAAGUUUCUCGCUAGACCGUUGAAGCCGCUUGGGUUUGAGGUGCACAGCUAUGUGAGGAAUGAGCAGCAGUUUGUUGAGACGGAUUUGCAGAGGUUGCGAAAGGAGGAGGGCGCGCAGGAAGAGAAAGGAGACAAUGGUGCGGAUGUCGAGAUGUCGGACGAGGCGGAGAAGAAGAUUGCUGUGGUGAUUAAGCUGCAGCUGGGGUCUAGUCAGUAUGCGACGAUGGCACUGAGGGAACUGAUGAAGGCUGGUGGGUUGAAGGCGUAUAAGCCCGAGUUUAUGGGUGGGCGGUAG